ACCUCUUGUCUCUUCCUCCCACUUGUGGUCAAUGACGUUGAAGGAGGGUUGGUGCUUCAAAUAUGGAAAAAAGACUCACGCUAACAGUAGCACAACCGCACAGACACUCCACUUCAGACACUAUACAUUCAGACAGACUGAAGGAAAACAAACAAAUAAAUACAAACAGUUCAAACUGAAAUAUCGUUAGGGCUUGCAAAGUGUCCUGGAAAAUAACUCAAACUUGAAAGUACGCUACCGCCACAACAAGCUGUUGUGUGCAUGGUAAACCUGUACCUUGCAGUUAAGCUGCGUCUUAUCAGGGAUCUUCACACUGGAUCAAUACCUAAACAAAUAAAGGUAAGUACGCUUAUCAGAGAAGACGCACGUCGUCGCCACUCUUUUUGAGCAGAUACUCUGGACUGAGGCUUGAGAUUCCUUUGGAGUUCUUCAAGAGGAAGAGGCGCCUGGGAUAAAGACACUAAGGCAAAAUGAGCGCCGAUAAAAGCAAGAUGGAGGAUGAAGCUGUGUUGGACAGAGGGGCUUCCUUUCUAAAACAUGUCUGCGAUGAAGAGGAGGUAGAAGGACACCACACCAUCUACAUUGGUGUGCAUGUGCCCAAAAGCUACAGGAGACGAAGACGCCACAGGAGGAGAGUGGGACACAAGGAUAGAGGAGAGAGAGAGAAAGUGACGGAAAAUGCCUCUGACAAGUCGGAUGUGGAAAAUGAUGAGACCAGCAAUAGCAUCCUCAGACCACUCAUCUCCCCUGCAGCUGAGAGGAUUCGCUUCAUGCUGGGGGAGGAGGAUGACAGCCCGGCUCCCCCUCAGCUCUUUACAGAACUGGAUGAACUGUUGGCUGUAGAUGGACAAGAAAUGGAAUGGAAGGAGACAGCACGAUGGAUCAAGUUUGAAGAGAAGGUUGAAGAGGGAGGUGAAAGGUGGAGUAAGCCUCAUGUCGCCACGUUGACCUUACACAGUCUGUUUGAGCUGCGGACCUGUAUAGAGAAAGGGACCAUAAUGUUGGAUUUGGAAGCUGCUACACUUCCUCAGGUUGUGGAGAUGAUCACUGACAGCCAGAUUGAGAACGGGCAGCUGAAAGCAGAGCUCAAGGACAAAGUGAUGUACACCUUGCUGCGGAAGCAUCGCCACCAGACCAAGAAAUCCAACCUGCGCUCACUGGCUGACAUUGGCAAGACUGUCUCCAGUGCAAGUAGGCUGUUUACCAACCCGGAUAAUGCACGUAGUCAGCUUGAAAACCCUAUGCCUUGCUUAACAAUCCGCACCUCGGACGAGGACCUUCAAGCCUGGAAGAGCCCGAGCAUGGGAUGGCUUAGUAGCCCAACAACUACUCAUCGAAACCUGACAUCCAGUAGCAUGAAUGACAUUUCCGAUAAACCAGAAAAAGACCAGCUGAAAAACAAGUUCAUGAAGAAGCUUCCCCGGGAUGCUGAGGCCUCCAAUGUGCUGGUAGGCGAGGUGGAUUUCCUGGACAGCCCCUUCGUUGCUUUUGUGCGGCUUCAGCAAGCAGUAAUGUUGGGAGCCCUGACUGAAGUUCCUGUACCGACCAGAUUCCUUUUUAUCCUGCUGGGACCCAAAGGCAAAGCCAAGUCUUACCAUGAAAUCGGGAGAGCCAUUGCCACUCUCAUGUCGGACGAGGUGUUCCAUGACAUUGCAUACAAAGCCAAGGACAGGCAGGACCUGUUGGCUGGAAUCGAUGAGUUUCUGGAUGAGGUGAUUGUUCUUCCACCAGGUGAAUGGGACCCUGCCAUUAGGAUAGAACCUCCAAAAUCUCUUCCAUCAUCAGACAAGAGAAAGAACAUGUACGCUGGAGGGGAUAACGUGCAGAUGAAUGGGGACACACCCCAUGAUGGGGGACAUGGAGGUGGAGGACAUCAUGUGAGCGAUGAGCUGAAAAAAACUGGAAGGUUUUGUGGGGGACUAAUCCUAGAUAUCAAGAGGAAAAUCCCAUUUUUUGCCAGUGACUUUUAUGAUGCAUUAAGCAUCCAGUCCCUGUCUGCAGUACUUUUCAUCUAUUUGGCAACAGUAACCAAUGCCAUCACUUUUGGAGGCCUGCUGGGAGAUGCUACUGAUAAUAUGCAGGGUGUGUUGGAGAGCUUCCUGGGCACAGCAGUUACUGGAGCUGUCUUCUGCCUUUUCUCCGGUCAGCCCCUCAUUAUCCUUAGCAGUACGGGUCCUGUACUGGUCUUUGAGAGGCUGCUCUUUAAUUUCAGCAAGGAUAAUGACUUUGACUACCUAGAGUUCCGAUUAUGGAUAGGCCUGUGGUCAGCGCUCUUCUGCCUCCUCCUGGUUGCUACAGAUGCCAGCUUCCUGGUCCAGUAUUUCACCCGGUUCACAGAAGAAGGCUUUUCCUCGCUUAUCAGCUUCAUUUUUAUCUAUGAUGCCUUUAAAAAGAUGCUCAAGAUGGCAGACUACUACCCAAUCAACUCGGACUAUAAGCUUGAUUAUGUUACCCUUUAUGGCUGUACGUGUAUGCCGCCUACACCAGACAAUAGCUCGGGACUGUUAACUGAGACAUCAGAUGCGUCAUCUACUUGGCUUUUCAAUAACACUGGUUUGCUCCUAAAUGCAACCUGGUCUUCCCUGUCAAAGAAGGAGUGUAUUAAGUAUGGUGGGGAGCUCAUUGGAAAGAGCUGCAAGUAUGUUCCAGACAUCGCCCUGAUGUCCUUUAUCCUCUUCUUUGGCACCUACACUGUCUCCAUGGGUUUGAAGAAGUUCAAAACCAGCCAAUUUUUCCCCACGACUGUUAGGAAGCUUAUCAGUGACUUUGCCAUUGUCUUGUCCAUUCUUAUUUUCUGUGGAGUUGAUGCAUUGGUUGGGGUGGACACACCAAAGCUUAUUGUGCCAAGUGAAUUCAAGCCAACAAGCCCAAAUAGAGGAUGGUUUGUCCCUCCAUUCGGAGGCAAUCCCUGGUGGGUUUACCUGGCAGCUGCCCUCCCAGCACUGCUAGUCACCAUCCUCAUCUUCAUGGACCAACAGAUCACAGCUGUCAUUGUCAACAGGAAAGAACACAAGCUCAAGAAAGGUGCUGGCUACCAUCUGGAUCUCUUUUGGGUAGCCAUUCUGAUAAUAGUGUGUUCAUUCAUGGCACUGCCCUGGUACGUUGCUGCUACUGUGAUCUCAAUUGCCCACAUUGACAGCUUGAAAAUGGAGACAGAAACCUCAGCACCUGGAGAGCAACCCAAGUUUUUGGGAGUUAGGGAACAAAGAGUCACUGGGACCAUUGUCUUCCUUCUGACUGGUGUGUCUGUCUUCAUGGCUCCAAUCCUGAAGUUCAUCCCAAUGCCGGUGCUUUAUGGAGUUUUCCUCUACAUGGGUGUUGCUUCAUUGAAUAAUGUGCAGUUCAUGGAUCGCUUGCAGCUGCUUUUAAUGCCAGCUAAACAUCAGCCGGAUUUUAUCUACCUGCGGCAUGUGCCACUUCGUCGAAUCCACUUGUUUACAUUCAUUCAGGUGCUCUGCCUGGCCCUGCUAUGGAUUCUCAAGUCAACCGUGGCUGCCAUUAUUUUCCCAGUCAUGAUCCUGGCCCUCGUGGCUGUGCGGAAGGCUAUGGACUACCUUUUCUCUCAGCAUGACCUCAGCUUCCUGGAUGACGUCAUUCCAGAAAAAGACAAGAAGAAGAAGGAAGAUGAAAAGAAGAAGAAGAAGAAGAAAGGGAGCAUAGACAGUGACAUUGACGAUUCGGAUUAUCCGUUCAAAGAAAAUGUUCCCAGCAUUAAAAUCCCCAUGGACAUGAUGGAGCAAGAGCCCUUCCUAAGUGGCAGCAAAACCUCAGAGCGAGAAAAAACACCAUCUUUCCUUGAGCAACACACAUCGUGCUGAACGGAUUUGUUUCAUAAAGUCUAACUCUAUGUCAAGCCCUCCGAGAACUGUGCCUCAGAUUAGAAUAGAGCUGGAGCCUGAAGACAAUGGUUUCUUCUGGGGGAGCCGGGGAUCCGAGACAUCUCUGUAAUCUACACACUUUGUACAUGCUGACCUUUACCAGCCAGCUCUCACACAAAAACAAAAAACCUUUCCACAAUAUGUUUUCCAAUACAAUCAAAACGCACACUAUAUCACACUUUCCCAAAGGUGAGAUGCUUGGAAGGAUCAAGACACUUUUUAUUUAUUUAUUUUUCCCCCCUCAGUGCUGUUUUCUGCUAAUAGAAUAAACUGACCACCUGCUGGACAGCAAUUAACCAGGAAAGACAAUGUGUUUUAACUCUUUUUGCACUGUGGGUGCCAUGCUACUGUUAUACCUAGACAAUUUUUUUAAAAUGUGAGAAACUGUUGUGUUUGUUUUUCACCCCUUGCUCAUGUGAAGCACUGCCUCUUCCAGUCAGCUUUUGAAUAUCCCUUACUAUGCAAAAUGUCAUUUGUAUGUGAUGCCGUAGCUUGUAUUUACAUUUCAGGUAGUCGUUUCUCAACAUGCAUGGCAAUGGACUUUGAGGCCUAACCUGCAGUUUUACUUAUUUUUAAUACUUACAUUUUCCUGUAGCAGGAAAAAAAUAAUCUGACCUGUUUCUUAGUUCUACCUCUGUUUUUAGAUGCCAGGUAUGUGGAGGGGGGGGGGGAACAAACCAAAAAACAAACAUAGUGAACACUUUUAUUUUGUUUUAUUCUUUUUAUUAUUAUUGUUUUAAGGGCACUGCAUAGGACAUAGGAGUAUUAACAUUCGUUUUCUGUCUUUUUAAAAUGAUUUUGGAACACAAUAUUCAGAGAGAUUAAAUGUAUUAUAUGAAAAACAAUAUUUGUGAUAUAGAAAUAAUAUAAUUGUUAAGAUUAAGUGUAUUAAAAUAAGUUUUAAUUGUAAAAUAAUGAUUUCUCUGGUCUGUGCCAGCAUGAAGAGAUUGAUGCUGAUUGUAUUUUAUUGUUGUUUUUUAAUCACAUAGAUCAAUUCAAUACAGUAUUGUUAGAUUAUUGGUGAACCAAAAGCAAUGCAUCAGUGCUGAGAAGCACCUGAAUUAUGGGAUUGAAUUUCUCUUCACACACUGCUUUAGCGAGUGCCACUUUUUGGUAAAAAAACCUUUUCAAAGUGUUUUGCGGUAUUGCAAUAAUAAUUAUAUUUGUAGUCUAUUUUUGGACGUUUCUCAUAAUUAAUACUUGAUUUGUACAAAUAUAGAAAGAGUGUACCUAAGUGGCUUAAAAGACGUAAAAGGACGAUCCAGAAAUGUAUUUAAGUUUUGUUAAAUAACAGAAGUGAUUUUCCCUUUAUUUCAUAUUUGAUUAUUAUGUGUUAAUCUUACCACAAAUGGUGACAUCAUCCUGAUUUUAACUGAAUAAGGAAUGCUGUCUGUCUACUACUGUAUCCUGUAAACACACUGUAACUCUGUGUUUCAGGCAUCAUGCUUUUUGUAUCCUUACUUUGUGUUUUACAUAAACCUGAUUCCAUGUUUUUUUUUUUUUUUUUGCACCUUGUUAGUUCUGUACUAUAGAGUGCACUUUGAUACACAUAUUAACCAUAUGGAUGACACUUAAUUUAUGGAGGAGGGGGUAGUUUAUCUUAAAAAUGAGAAUUAAAUGUAUGAGCAUGUUUGACAAAUGAAAAGAUCAAAUGACUUAUUCUAAAAUGACUGCAAUAUGAAGCAUAAACGUAGUACUAGAAUAUUAAUAACUGACCAUGUUCUCAUUGCUUUUUAUUGUGACAUUUUAGAAUAAAAAAAAUAACACAAGUGAAAUUAAUUAUUUUAGCAUUUAUAUUUUUCAAAUGAAAUGAAUAUUGAAAAUAAACUGACUUUAUGCACUUAA